CCACACACACCCCCAAGAAGCUAUUGGGAAAGAAAGUUCCCGGAGCCACUUCCGGGGAGGGAGGCGCCACCUGUCCCCGGGCGGGCGCGCCCUUUCCCUGGACUUUGCUUCGUCUCCAGAAAGAAAACCUGAGCCUGCCACACUGAGUCUACGGACAGUUCCAUAGUAAUGAAUCAAUGUAUUUAUCGAGGAAUGGAAGAAAACAAGGAAAGACCUAAGCGACAACGCCACAACUUCCCUAUGUUUCCUUCUCCCAAGGCCUGGAAUUUUCGAGGGCGGAAACGGAAACAGAGCGCCCAGGAUGAAGAUGCUGUGAGCCUUUGCAGUCUUGACAUAAGUGAACCUAGUAACAAACGGAUCAAACCUCUCUCUAGAGUUACAUCACUAGCAAACCUCAUCCCGCCCGUGAAGGCCACACCAUUAAAGCGUUUCAGCCAAACCCUGCAGCGGUCCAUUAGCUUCCGCAGUGAGAGCCGCCCUGACAUCCUCGCCCCCCGACCCUGGUCCAGAAAUGCGGCUUCCUCAAGCACCAAGCGGAGGGACAGCAAGCUGUGGAGUGAGACCUUCGAUGUGUGCGUCAAUCAGAUGCUUACAUCCAAGGAGAUCAAACGUCAGGAGGCCAUCUUUGAGCUAUCACAAGGAGAAGAAGACUUGAUAGAGGACUUGAAAUUAGCAAAAAAGGCCUACCAUGACCCCAUGCUGAAGCUCUCCAUCAUGACAGAGCAGGAGCUAAAUCAAAUCUUUGGAACACUGGACUCUCUCAUUCCUCUCCAUGAAGACCUCCUUAGUCAGCUUCGAGAUGUUCGCAAGCCUGAUGGUUCCACUGAGCACGUUGGUCCCAUCCUAGUGGGCUGGCUGCCGUGUCUCAGCUCCUACGACAGCUACUGCAGCAAUCAAGUGGCCGCCAAAGCUCUGCUGGACCACAAAAAGCAAGAUCACCGUGUCCAAGAUUUCCUUCAGCGCUGCCUAGAAUCCCCUUUUAGCCGCAAACUGGACCUCUGGAAUUUCCUUGAUAUACCCAGGAGCCGGUUGGUCAAAUACCCUCUGCUCCUUCGAGAAAUCUUGAGACAUACGCCCAAUGAUAAUCCAGACCAGCAGCACCUGGAAGAAGCUAUCAACAUCAUCCAGGGAAUUGUGGCAGAAAUCAACACCAAGACUGGAGAAUCUGAAUGCCGGUAUUAUAAAGAACGGCUUCUUUACUUGGAAGAAGGCCAGAAGGACUCCUUGAUUGACAGCUCAAGAGUCUUGUGUUGUCAUGGUGAACUUAAAAAUAACCGGGGAGUGAAACUGCACGUUUUCCUGUUCCAAGAAGUACUGGUGAUCACUCGAGCUGUCACCUACAAUGAGCAGCUCUGCUACCAAUUGUACCGGCAGCCCAUUCCCAUGAAGGACCUCGUGCUAGAAGAUCUACAAGAUGGAGAAGUGCGGCUGGGCGGCUCCCUGCGAGGAGCCUUCAGUAACAAUGAGAGAAUUAAAAACUUCUUCAGAGUCAGUUUCAAAAAUGGAUCCCAGAGUCAGACCCACUCAUUACAAGCCAAUGACACCUUCAACAAACAACAGUGGCUCAACUGUAUUCGUCAAGCCAAAGAGAUAGUUCUGUCUACUGCGCAGCAGGCUGGGGUGCUUGACUCCGAAGGACCAUUCCUGAGUUCCAGUGCCAUCGACAGCGGGGAGCCACAAGGAGAAAUAAAACUUGAACAGAUGGACCAAUCGGACAGUGAGUCAGACUGCAGUAUGGACACGAGUGAGGUCAGCCUUGAUUGUGAGCGAAUGGAGCAGACGGACUCCUGUGGGAACGGCAGGCCAGUGGAAAGCAACGUGUGACAGAAGGGUGUGCAAGCCUCCUAGAAGUAGCUGUGUGUCUUACCUGUACAGUAUUUUCAUUCCACAAGUGGAACAGUUUGGAGAAGCACUUUGUAUCCUUUUGUGACCGUGUUGGCUCAGUCUCUGGUGUCCGUGUCUUUGUCUAUAGUCCUAUGAUUCCCAACCAACCUGGGUCACCUGGAGUCUCCUGGCAGUCCUAACUCUGUACUGUAUCUCAAGUGUUUGGAUGAAUAGAGAGGGACUUGAACAAGCUACUCUCAGUUGUCCUGCUGGAUUUUUAAUGGCAAAGGAUCUCUAAACUACUGUGUUACUGUUGACUGCUUGAAGAGUCACCUCCCAUGAUGCUCUCCCCACCCCCCCGCCCCCCACCCCCCACUCUUUGACAUGGAAUUGAGACGGCUUUGUGAAAAAGAAUACCAGCAUGCCAUGUGAGGGGGAACCAGAAAAGUACAUUCUUAAUGUGAACUUGGGUCCUGUGUUGUUCAACCAGAAAUCAGGCUAACAUCCCCAGGGGUCCUGAGGUUCAGGUUUGCAAGCUUGCUUGAACCCUUCCACUUCUUGCAAUGGAAGUGGAUGUCAUGAUCUAUGAAGAUGUGACUAGAAGGCUGACUUCAGUAGGGGCUGGACAGAAGUAGUUACCAGACCAGGCCUGGUAGCACAUUCCUAUAAUCCUAGCACUUGUGAGGCAGAGGCAGGAAGAUUUCAAGUUCAAGGACAGCCUGGGCUACCUACCAAAUUCCAGGUCGACAUUGUCUCUCAAAAACCAAAAGCAAAAAUCAAAAGCAGCUGCCUGCUCUGAACCUUUGAAAUGCACAUAGCGUGCGAGAUGUCUGUUACGGUCAGUGGCUUGCCUUAGAGGGCUAUUCCUAGCCUAUAGCAUCAAGACAGAACCCUCGCCAGGGUGUUCGAGGCCACCCUGAGAUUACAUAGUAUAUUCCAGGUCAGCCUGGGCUAGAGUGAGACCCUACCUCAAUUUAAAAAAAAAAAAAAUAGACCACUCAGGGUCUGAGAGAAGCUGCCAGAAUAGCUAAAAGGCCCUGCCUUCAUUUCACCUGCCGAGGUCACUGGUAUGUUGGAGUUGGGUAAUGAAGGACUGACCACAUCAUGACUGUUUCACAAAACACGUGACAGGAAGAAUGGGGCGUGAGAAAUGUCACCUUUGAUGGAAGCAUUAGAAAAGCAUGGCCCCACAGCCUUCUGGAAAGGGUCUGAGUCGCCUUGGAGACUCCUGGUCUGCUUUUGAACCUUCGGUUUUCAUCUCUGGUUCUGCGCUAGGUCAGCAUUCUAUUUGCUUUCUCCCAAGGCCAACUUCUUUAGCUCUGGUUAAUUAGGACCAGGUAGCCAAAAUGGUAACUUCCAAGUUCCAGCCGCAAUUUGUAAGGCAGGAUGGGCUGCAGACCUUAACAAAAAGCUAGCUGGGCAUGGUGACGCACACCUUUAAUCCCAGCACUCGGGAGGGUGAGGUAGGAAGAUGGCUGUGAGUUCAAGGCCAACCUGAGACUAAUACCAGUUCAGCCUGGGCUACAGACCCUACCUCGAAAAACCAAAAAAAAUAAAAAUGAAAAUAAAAAAAAUAAAUUAGCAAAAACACAUGUAAAAGAUCCCUGCAUGUGUAAAUAUUUAGGUUGGAUGACCUGUACAAAAUUAUACCCACACCAGCACUAGUGGUCAUUAUUCUAAAUUAUUGCCAAAAAAGGUUUUGUUGUUUUUUUAAUCUUUUAUUUUUCCAAGUUUACACAAUAGAAAGCAGCAGAUACAAUGUUGUUUUAUGUACAUAUAACAUGCAUUUAAAAAAGCUCUGUAACAAGAUUUAUCAAUAUAAAAACAAGGUAUAUUACAUUAUUAUUUUUCAGAAACAGAUAUGAUCAAUUUUACCUUAUAAAGUAUAUUUCUGUAUGUAUAAUUUUAAACAUGGUGAAUUUUUUCUAUUACAAGUUUAUUUAAAAGUGGCUUUGCUUCUCAAGUUGUUGGUUUAGCAAGUGAGUGAGCCUGCUGCAGACAGAGGCUGAGGAGAGCACCAUUUGAUGACAGAGAAAAACACCCGAGUCGUCCUUUGCAGAACCAUUGGGUUUGGCCAAUAUAUUGGGUAAAGCUCCUUGUCAGUGUUGGUCUAUGGGAAAGCAAGUCAUGAAUGUUCUAGUGAAAUGAAUGUUUCUGUAUAAUGGCCUUAAACUUUUCUGGAAGCAUUACAAAUAAAUUACAUUAAAAAUGUCA